AUGAUACACGAGUUUAAGGAGGAGAUGGUCACUAAGUUCAAGAUGAGCGAUCUUGGUAAGUUGACUUACUAUUUGGGUAUUGAAGUGCAUCAAAACAGCGAAGGUACUACUCUAAAGCAAGAAAGUUAUGCAGCUAAGAUUCUUGAAGAAGCUGGAAUGGGAGAGUGUAAUGUGUGUCAGAUACCAAUGGAGGUUAAUCUAAAACUAUCAAAGGGACAGAACGAGAAAAGUGUUAGUGAGAAGGAGUACAGACGCAGCAUUGGUUGUCUACGUUACCUUCUUCACACUCGCUCGGACCUCUCUUUUGUCGUGGGUAUGCUCAUCUGGUACAUGCAGGAGCCAAGAGAGAGUCAUAAUGCGUUGUUGAAACAAGUUCUCCGGUACCUUCGUAGAAUAGUCUCUUAUGGUUUAUCGUACCAGCGAGCAAUUGGUAUGAAUUUGAUCGGUUAUAGUGACAGUAGUCAUAACCCUGAUGCAGAUGAUGGGAGAAGGACAACUGGUCAUAUCUUUCAUCUCGAAAGAUGCCUUAUCAUGUGGUGCUCAUCAAAACAAGAGAAUGUGGCUCUUUCGUCCUUCGAAGCUGAGUUUAUGGCGGCUACAGAAGCAGCGAAAUAA